UCACCCCUCUGUGAUGUGAUUCACCCACAUUUGGCGAGUGCUAAUGGCGCACUCUGCACUGAACAAUACAUUUUAUUAAAGAUUGCCUUUUUUCCAGUACAUAAAUAUUGGUCAUAGAUGGCCAUAAUUUCAAAAUAUAAAUGUGUUUUGUCAUCUAAAAGUUGAAUUUAAACCCCCAAAUGCUAAAGGUCAGUUUUCCCUCAAAUGCAUUUGAGUUACCGGUAAUCUAGAAAUGUAUACAUUUUGCAAAGAGAGAUGUUAUAUGUUCAUUCAUUCAGUUUUUUUUUUGGUUUGUUUUUUUAAAUUAUUAUUUUGCAGGGGUGGGUGGAUUCUGUUCAUGCUUGCUUGAUUUAAUGAUUGUCGUGUUUGGACCGCUUUGAGGCCAAUGAGAACAACGAUUUAGUUGGACGUUGUGAAGGGGUGUGUUGGAAUGCUUCUUGGAAUUGGAUUUGGGGGAGAAGGUUAUCAGCAACUGAUAAGGGCCACAUUUAAAAGGCUGGCUAGAGAAAAGAGUACUUGAUACUGUCAAACAAGAACAAAUAGCAGAAAACAGAUAGGAUCAGGGAUCUUGAAGAAUCAUGCUUCUGCUACAUAAGGUCAAUAUAUUAGUCGCUAAUUUAUUUGUUGUGGUAGCAUUUGUUGAUAUAGCACUUUCAAACAUGGAAUCCCCCUUACACAACAGCUGGAGCGAGCCAGUUCGCUUUCGGCACCUGUAUGCUGCCAGGGCGGGAGUACAUCUGAUGAUUCAUGAAGAUGGUCGGAUUCUCAGCUCAGCCGAUCAAAGUCUGCAUAGCCUGCUGGAGAUUCGCCCUGUGGAUCCAGGCUGUAUUGUCAUCAGAGGCAUUGAGACUGCACAGUUCCUUUGCAUGCAUGGCGAUGGAAAGCUGUACUCAUCGCAUGUCUACAGUGGUGAUGACUGCACAUUCAGGGAACAAAUCAUGCCGGAUGGAUACAGCAUCUACAUCUCUGUCAGACAUGGAGUACUCCUUAGUUUGGGAAACCAUCGGCGGCGACUUCAAGGCAGAGACAGUGGUGUCCCAGCUUUGGCUCAGUUCCUGCCUCGAAUCAGUACUGUAGAUCAGUCAUCCACUCCAGCACUGCAGCCCUUGUUUCACACAACCCAGGACGCAUCACAAACGGAGAAAUCACUUGACAUGGUGGAAUCAUUUGGUGUUCUUGCACGGAUCAUUCACAGCCCCAGUUUUCAUAAGCGAUGACGAGACAGCAUUGAGACGCCAAACAAAGAGUGCCUGCUCAAUGCCUGUGAUCCGCAGGCAUGCCUGUGGGAAGAUUACUCUCAGCUCAUAGUCAGAUCAGUCAAGUACAAUCCGACCAAACAGACUCUAACAGAUGUAAAAAUCAAAACAUAUCAGUGGAAUGGAUGUCUGACCCUAACUUGGCUGAGAUAGGUUGGAGCUUUCCCUGUGAUCUGAAAAAGAUCAAUGCUGGAAAAAUGGAUGGAGUACGUAUUGACUGGAAAAAGUUUUUACCUUAGCAUUCAUCCCUGAAAUGUGAGGAUUGAAAAUGCUAAAGAUAUGAAGUCAAGACAACUAGUGACGACUUGUAUGGCUCGAUACUGCAUCAAUAGGAUAGCCUGACAUAGCUCGUGUCAGGGUGUCAUUCCUGAGCCACUUACCUGAGCUACUUCUGGAGAUAAGAAUGCAGAUACCGCCACACUUCGAAUGGUGAGGGCACUGUGAAAAUGUAAAACUGUCCUGCAAUGGACGAGAGGGGAGGGCAGCGGUCUGUGGCCAACCCAAAAGUUGAAAAAAAAUCCAUUCCUUAAGAGAUCCUUUCCACCCAUUGUCAGUCUUGUUUACUCAACUUGGAGUUAAACUCUGAUGACGGUGUUCUCUUUUUUGUAUUUAUUUAUUUAUUUAUUUAUGUACAGUAUUUAUUUUGGAUCAGUGAAGUAAUAUCACAACACGCAUUUCAUCAAAUGACCCAAAUUUUCUCCCGAGUACAGUGAUUCCCAACCAUCGCACCGUGGCACACUGGCGUGCCAUGAGAGAUCAUUUUGUCAACCACACAAAAUGAUCCAAUCACCAAUCUCAAGCUUUUUUUUUGCUAUCAACAUGCUGAGAGCUAAAAUAGAGCAGGUUCUCGAAUAAUUGAGCUCCAAUACGCUGGAGUUGCCUGCAUACGGAAAUUAGAGAGUUACCUCUGUAGAAAUGUUUGAAACUCAACUUCAGACUUAGAUACAGUGUUACCUCCUUACUUCAUAGUUCGGUUAUUGCCGCUUCACUUUAUUGCGGGGUUUUCAUCUAUGACCAUAACUUCAUCUAUUGCAAUUCUCCUUCACUAUCUUGCUGGUUUUCUUCAUUCAAAGACAGACAAGUUAAAAAAAAAGUGAUUUUUCUAUUUCCCACAGGGGAAAAAAGACACCAUGAACAUUGGCGCUCAUUGCCCCCCAAAUUCCAUUUCCCUC